AUCUUUGCGGCACGCAGGGCGUUGCUCGAAGAUACGAUCUGUAAUACUUAGAUCUUCAGAUGUGGUGAAAUUUGGGAGGUCAAUCCUUUCGUUAAGUUUAAUCUGUGGUUAGAAAUGCCUGUGACAUCUGUACGACACAUGAGGCCCUCAAAUUCUGGUUUCAACUCUGUCGAAGUCAGAUAUGCGUCUUCAAAUCGGUAUCCAAUAGACAAGUUAGGGGCGAAAGUGUCGAAGGCUCGGGGUCGUCUCUGUAUUGUUGUCCUCGGACCGACGACAGGAUUUCUCUCAACUUUCUCUGCAGCUAUUAAGUGUUCAGGAUCCGUAACCCUCACAACGAGCUACCAAACAACUCAGGACUGUAAUCUGUAUUCUCAAGACUGCGAGGAGGUACCUUUGGUCACCUCGGUUCACGGUGGCUAGAGAAAGGAUACGACUCACCAAGAGGUUUGUAUAUUGUUGUUCCUCACAUAUUCUAUUUGGCCAGUGGCAUUCCCGAACUGCGCUUUUACUUAGAGAUGGCAGAUCAUACUGGCGAGAGGAAAUCAUGUAAAACCUCGACGAGAGCCAGAUCCUCUGCUCUCAGAACUUGCAGCCGCAGACAUAGCCGAUUUCUGCGGUGUAUAUGUCAGUUGCAUCAACUCAAACCGGACGGAGAAUUGGAUAAGAAGCAAGUAGGCGAUGAGCAUCCAAUCAAGUAGCCCAGACAGUACAUCUUCACCUAAUCACGAUUAGCCCAUCUGUCCAAAUAUGCGUUCAUCAUCGGAGUCCGAAGGAGAAGUCGCUGGGAAAGCAAAUUGUACACAAGGACAAACUGAUGCAGUCCUCUGUCUAAUCCCUCGAAGCUUCAAACAGUGUUUCUGUACGAGAUGUCCCUAGAUGGUACGACAAAGGUUCAUCACGAUGGCCAAUCUUGCUGCCUAUACUGCUCUGUACUGGGUCGCCGUUUCGUGAAGAGAACGCCUAGAGGAUUGUGCACUGACCUAGAUACGAUUACCUCAGAGCCGUAUCACCAUGGAUCCUCUGACCUCUUGUUUACAUCAGCAGCUUGCAACAGUGACCGAAUCCCACAUAUUUUAACGAAGACAGGUUUCUAGCUGGGAGAGACAGCUGCUGGCUGAUCCUGACCAGUACUUAUUAAAUCUUCCUUCUGAUCGGGAAGCCUCAAUCUCAAGGAGAAGAGUCUUCCCAGAAUUCCGCGCCAAUCUUCUGUAUGAACAUGUUGGAAAUGAGGCCAGUUUUGCGUUUGACGUGUUCUGCAGUUGGAAGAAAAGCGGGGUUUCAUGUAUACACAUGUCAACCUGUGGCUUACAGCUGUGACAGAAAGUUAUCUGGUGAUUCCGUCAUAGCCGAAAAUGGCUGAUGCAAGUUGCGAGUAUAAUUAUGCACCGCCCGCUCUGUGCCGAGUCCCAGUGAUUGAGGGUCUGAAGAGAGAAGCUUUCCAGUGUCCUCGUCGCUAUCUAGAUCAGCCAGCACGUACUCCGAGCAGCCAGCCAGCCACCAACAGGGAUCAGAUGACAGUCAGAGGGCAAUGUAACGGUAGGAUCAAUGGAUAUCAUGAGGGCAAUCCGGUCAGAUGAAGUGAGUUCUUUGAGUGGAAUGUGUAAUCUGGAAAGUGCAUCAAGAGACAUGACUGCAUGAUGCACAGCAUCGGCGUUCCGGGGGUCCGCAUUUCUCGCUCUUCUCACACUAUGAAUGCUGGUCAUCAUGCGAUCAGGUGAAAAGUGCAUAAUCAUCAUCAGAUAUGGAACAAUAUCCCCUGCAGGUCUUGUAUAAUACAGUACUGACUCGUCGAUCUUGCCAAAGGUGGAAUGCAUCAUUGCGGAUGUGAAUUCGCCCUACAAGUUCAUUCGGCAUCUAAAGUCGGCCACAUGGACAUGAGUGCAACCGCUUGAUGAUAAUCAUCUCUUGCACGCGUAACUGUGACGGUUACCUUCGCUGCGGCGUGCUCUCGAGUCCAAUUCAUGCAACGAGCAAUAAGUCAGAGGCCGAUUUGUCGUACCAGCAAGGCAUCAGUGUUGCAGUCCGAACUAUGAUGAUGAAGAAGACCGCUGCGAUGGAUGAAACUGCAACCUUCCCCUUUUGUUGUCAUGCGCCAAAAUAUGAUGCUCGCUCGCUUGUCGGUGGAGCAGUAUAGCGGAGAUCAGAGCCAGAAACUGGAACCAGAAUCUGAGGUCUCAGUUCCGUUUCGAUGCACACUUGGAUGAUGAAACAUUUAGAAUUGACAACAGUCUGCAUAAAUGUUUCGAGGGGUCACCACUUGAAGAACUAGUAAGAGUCACAAUCUCCAGAAGAGAUGCUGUUGGAAUCUCAUACAAUCAGGAGGUGCAAAGGUCUUCCAAAGCAUUUCAGGACAAGUGGAGAGAUCUGCGUCUUGAUGUCUAAACCUGCAGUUCGUCAUCCAGAGCUUCGACGCACUUUUUAAGAACGAAAUUGUGCCUCGUAAUGGGUUCCUGAACCUGAAUUGACUUGACUGUUCUGCCGAUCUCGUCUGGUGGCAUUCUAAGCAGGUGAAAUUGAAGGGCAUUUUCUUCUCAAGUACAACUAAUACUAAUUGCGUCUAGACUUGUGGAAGCCUCUGCUCUGUCACCUCAGCUCUAUAGAUAGUCCCUGAGGAUUGGAUGACUUUUUUCCCCAGAUUUCAUAUACCUCCCCUUUCUGAAGGAGGUCCCACGUAUACUUCGGUAAGACGAUCCAUUCUUUGCACGAUUGGUUAGAGUGGCUCACCCUCUAGCCGGAAGAGGAUCUCUAGCUGGAAAGAUCAUGCCAAUCAUUGUCAUAUGAUGAUAAAAAUAUCCCGAUUUAUGACUGUAACACGU